CAUGCUGACUUUCAGGAGCAGAAUAGAAACCGAAAGGGAACAAGCUAAUAGCAAGAAGAAGUAACCUAAUCAAACAAGGAAACAAAAUAAAGACAUGCCAGCAUUGGACAAAAUCUUGCAAAUAACUCGGCUGUGUACAUUUUUGUAUUAGUUCCAUGAAUGUUGGAGUAUCAGGAAACGAAGAAAAAGAAGACGUAUUUGUAAUAAAUCUUCACAGUGUUUGCAGUCAGAAUUCGAUUAGGAGAUAUUUAGAGCACUUUAUUCUGGCCUUUGCAUUCCUGAACUUCUGAUAAGGCCCUGGCCAUUUCCAAAGAGUUUAAGCCAUUACCAUGAGGCAGCCCUAAAGAAGAUCUUAUUCCAGAAAUCCCAAUGGACACAGAAACAGGCCUCAGCUUGAGUUUUAGAUAAUAUCAGUGAUUUCAACACUAUGGCGGCAACAAAUUCAACAGGGUCUGAGACAAGUAAUUCUGCAACUAAGCAUUAUCAAUGGCAAAUUAAAGAUGGACGGCAGUGGCUGAAUAUAUCACAUGACUCCGUAAUAGAGGUCCAUUACUCAAAGCCCAGUGCCAAAGGAAUCAAACUAUUCACUCAGAACUAUGGGAAUAUAUUCCUUGAUUUUGAUAAAAUGGCCAUCAAGUCUUUGAAGUUAAAACUUCGCAGAAAUACUUCUCUGCCUCCUGGUCAAAAGGAGCAAUAUCUCUGGUAUUUUUUUGACAACAAAUGCUGGUAUGAAUAUGGCUCUCAGGGCACUGCAAAUGCAAAUGCUUCAAUGGGAAGUCCUCAGAUUGAACAGCAGUAUCAGACUAAUCCUCAAGGAACUUGUCAAUUUACAGUUGGGCAAACCUCCUACAUUUUAGACUUCAGAGCGAUGAUUCAGACAAAUAGUGCUACUGGUAUGAGAAGAUGUGUGAAACGGAGACCAAAACUGAACUCUGUUCAUCCAGUAAAUGAAAGCAGGCCAUUCACCCCUGCCACAACAGUGAGCCAGACUGACCGUCAAUGGACUUGGCAGUUCCUAGGAGAAGAAGGUGUUUGGACAGAGUAUGUUAAAAAUAAUGGUCUAGGCAUGCAGUGUUCUGUUGCAAGUGAUGACAUCGAAAGAUCAUAUAAUGCAAACCCUCAGGGAUCCAUAUCAUUUACUGCAGGGAGAUUUACAUAUUCUCUCAGCUUUGCAGGAAUGUUUCAAGUUAACAACUAUACUAACACCAGGAGACCUGUCAAACGAAUAGCAAAUGCAAGCCAAGGGACUACAGUGUCAUCCACUCCUGCAACAGUUGCGAGCAGCAGUUCCAGUGGAUGGACUUGGCAGUUCCUAUCAGAUGAAGGUAUUUGGAUGGAAUAUGCGAGAAAUAAUGGGUUAGGCAUAAACUGUUCUGUCAACAGUGAUGAUAUUGAGAGAUUGUAUAAUGUCAGCCCCAGAGGAAUCACACAGUUUACUGCAGGCAGUUUUACCUAUACACUCAACUUUGCAGAAAUGGUUCAGGUUAACAACAGAACUAAAACCAAGAGACGUGUCCAGCGCUUACCAAAUACAAACCAAGGAGCUACUGGAUCAUCUGUCCCUUCCACGUCUACAAGCACUAUAACUGAUAGUUGGAUGUGGCAGUUCUUAGGAGAUGAAGGCGUAUGGACAGAUUACUGUAGAAAUACUAUAUAUGGUAAAAGGUCCUCUGUUGAUACGAAUGAUAUUCAAAAGGCAUAUCAGCAGAACCCUCAAGGAGUUAUACAGUUUACUGUGGGAAAAUUUAGCUACACACUGUCUUUUGCAGAAAUGGUUCAAAUAAAUGAUCAGACUCAGACGAAAAGGAUGGUCAGACGAAUAUCCUCCACUACUCCUAACAGGACAGCUAAUUUAUACCUGAAUGACUCUGUCUCAGUUGAUGACGAUGACAUUUUUGGUUGGAAUGACUAAGGAAUAUAGGAAGAUAACUGCAGCAUGCAGUUUGUGUGGCCUUCCAUCCAUACACAGUAACAGAUUACCACUGCCUUUCGUGGAAGCAUCCUGUAUGCCAAUAAAUGACAAGCUACCUCUUUACUUUCUGCAUGAGAAAGUGUGCCUUAAACAAAACCCUCCAUUGGCUGAGGAAUAGUAUAAAUGUCUGUAGGUAUGGGGCAUUACUGUGACUGCAAAUGUGAACUGCUUGUAAAAUCAAUAUUAACAUAUGGGUCAUUGCAGUAUGCAAAUGCAGUGAUUAUAUGUAAGUGCAUAACAGAAAUGCUAAAUACACAGUUAUACCCAAUUUAGUUUA